UUCCUUGCCACCUGCACAUCUUAUCAAUCAAAAAAUUCUGGUUGUUCAUGGUGGAUUGUUCAGUCGCGAUGAAGUUACAUUAGAUGAUAUCAGAAAGAUUGAUCGAUUUGAUAAAAGGCAACUUGAGAACGACGGUCUUUUACGCGAACUCUUGUGGUCUGAUCCACAACUACUACCAGGACGUAGUCCGAGCAAGAGAGGAGUGGGAAUACAAUUUGGACCGGAUGUUACCAAAAAUUUCUUGAAACGCAAUAACCUUGUCAAAGAAAAUGGAUAUGUAAUUGAACACGAUGGAAAAUGCAUUACUGUGUUUUCUGCACCAAACUACUG